CCUCCGCCUCCUCCUCCUCGGCUUCUCUCGCCUGCCUUUCCCUCGCUGUCUCCGCUCGCUUCGCUCCUUCGGCGGCCUCCCUGGAACCAGCCGCCAUGGCCGACAUGAAGACGGGCAUCUUCGCCAAAAACGUCCAAAAGAGGCUGAGCAGGGCGCAGGAAAAGGUACUUCAGAAAUUAGGUAAAGCUGAUGAAACAAAGGAUGAACAAUUUGAAGAGUAUGUUCAAAAUUUCAAACGGCAAGAGGCAGAAGGUUCCAGGCUCCAAAAAGAACUCAGAGGAUAUUUAGCUGCAAUCAAAGGCAUGCAGGAUGCAUCAAAGAAGCUUACAGAGUCUCUCCAUGAGGUAUAUGAGCCUGAAUGGUACGGCCGGGAAGAUGUAAAAACGGUUGGAGAGAAAUGUGAUGUGCUUUGGGAAGAUUUCCAUCAAAAGUUGGUAGAUGGAUCAUUAUUGACCUUGGAUACAUAUCUGGGACAGUUUCCCGAUAUAAAGAAUCGUAUUGCAAAGCGGAGCAGGAAACUGGUGGACUAUGACAGUGCAAGGCAUCACUUGGAAGCUUUGCAGAGUUCAAAAAGAAAAGACGAAGGCAGAAUUACCAAGGCCGAAGAAGAGUUUCAGAAAGCACAGAAAGUAUUUGAAGAUUUUAAUACUGAUUUGCAAGAAGAGCUGCCAUCUUUAUGGUCAAGGCGAGUUGGCUUUUAUGUGACCACAUUCAAAAAUAUAUCUAGCCUUGAAGCCAAAUUUCACAAAGAAAUCACUUUGCUAUGCCACAAACUUUAUGAGGUGAUGACAAAACUUGGAGACCAGCACGCUGACAAAGCCUUCACCAUACUUGGAGCCCCUAGUGACUCCGGUCCACUACGCAUUGCAAAAACUCCAUCCCCACCUGAUGAGGAAUCACCUCCACUGAGUCCAGAAGCAAGUCCGAAUCAUACUCUGGCAGCACCAUCUUCUCCAGCACCAGCACGGCCUAAAUCUCCCUCGCAGCUGAGGAAAGGGCCACCUGUCCCACCGCUGCCAAAACUCACACCAACGAAAGACCUGCAACAGGAGAAUAUUAUUAGCUUGUUUGAUGACAACUUUGUUCCAGAAAUAAAUGUGACAACUCCUUCACAGAAUGAAAUUCUCGAACCUAAAAAAGAAGAGUCUUUGUUAGAUCUGGACUUUGAUCCUUUCAGACCUGAUGCUGCACCAGCGGUGGCGGCCCCUUCACCAAUGUCUCAGACGCUACCCUGGGAUUUAUGGACGACAAGCAAUGAACUGGUGCAGCCGCCCGAUUCUUCAAAAAGUCUUUCCCUGUGUAACCUGGUCAUGGAGGAAAACCCCAACAGUGGGUCAUCAGAAGAUUUUAAUAAAUCCCAAACUGAUCUAGGUUCACUCAACUUGGACCUAGAUAGUAGUACAGCCAGUGAGAAGCAGGAAAAGGAUGCAGGUGGUGGUCCUUUCCCUGAGGCAGAGCAAACCUCAACAGAAUCGUCUGUUGCACUGGCAACUACGACUUGGUCUGCAGUGGGCCAGCAAGAGGAUGGUGUCACUUGGACAGCCUCUCUAGAUGAAAGUGAAACCAAUUUCCCGGAACCAUACCAGGACUCAGGCCACAUUAUGGACAGUGACACAGAUUUGGUGGAGACAAACGAGCCUUUAAUGGAUGAAACUUUGGCCGAAAGGCCUGCAAUGGGAACUGAUAGCUUUUUCGAUGGAGACCCAUUUAGUAUGGAAAAGACAGAAGAAGAUAAACAGGAAACAGAAGAGUCUUUGUGGGCAAAUGUGGAACCAUAUGAAAAGGUACCCGGCAGUGCUUUUAAUGGAUUCUCACAGGAUACUUCCCUAUUCUCAAUGCAACCAAGUCAGAAUGUGGUGGAUAACAUGGCUGAUACAGAAGAGGCACCAUCUUUAGAGGUCCAAGCAGAGGAAGCCCCGGGGGCACCUGAAACGGUUGACACUACUGUUGAGCCAGAAGCACAGCCGGCAGAGGCUGCUGGUGAGCCAGCAGCUGACACUGUGGAUGCUGUAGAAUCAGGGGAUAAGGAGACACCAGGACAUGAUGAGAAAGAGUGUGAGUUACAGAUGGAUUCUGUGGUUGAAGAUGCUGCUGAACCGGAGGGCGUUGAUGUAACUCCUGUAAUAGAAGGUGGCAAGGUUGCUGAUAUUGCUGCAACUGGUGUUCAGGAAAGUGACAUACCUUCCAUUGAAGAAAAGGCAGAAGAAUCUCAGGAAAACCUCAGCAACAUUCCUUCAGUAGUCAUAGAGCCUGCAUCCAACAAUGAAGGGGAUGGAGAAGACCACGAGGUUCUAGUGAAUGAAUCUAAAGAUGCUGUGGAAGAUCCUGGCACUCAGGGCACUGAAGGCAUAGCUAGCGAAACAUCAGAGGCUGUGAAAGAGCCAAAAAGCAACAAAGAUGUGCAGCCUGCAUCUUCCGAGGAACAGCCUGCAUCAACAGAUGAUGGCAUGCCACCCGGCUUCCUCUAUAAGGUUGAAGUUCUCCAUGAUUUUGAGGCAGCCAACAGCGAUGAGCUGAAUUUGCAGAGGGGAGACACUGUAUUAGUAAUCCCAUCGUCAGCUGCUGAUCAAGAAGCCGGCUGGAUAACAGGCAUUAGGGAAUCUGACUGGCUUCAAUACAGAGAUCUAACUUCGUAUAAAGGACUGUUCCCCGAGAACUUCAUCCGACGUUUGGAGUAGUUCUCAGUUCAAAGGUAUAAAGUGUGUUGUAGGAAGCUCGGUCCUGACAUUCUGCACCUCUCCAAUGUGCAGGAGUCCACCUUUAGAGUCAAGCCAUCAUGGUUUAGACUGAUGCCAGACAAAAACAUGGGUGACACAUAUCAAAUGAGCAUGAUUGCAAGAAAUUCAAAGCUAGCAUAUUCUGAAGCAGUAUGCGGGGGGGAAAUGUCCUUAUUUGUUCACAUGUACGUGACAACAGAUUUGUUUGUAUUUGGUCAAAGCUAUGGUGAUCCUGUAACCUGAUCCUUUCCUGUGCAAAUCUGAGUAGCCUCCGCAAUACCAGAACCUUAACUUGUCUGCACUAAAUGUCUUGUAUUGAGUUGCUGCACUGCAGAAGACUUGAUUUAAUUAUCCUGUAGAACUAUGGUCAAACUAUUAUAAUUUCAAUGUCUUAUAAAAAAAUUCUGCAAUGUUUUUCAGUGUUCUUUUCAAGCAUACAUAUCUAUCGAUAUAUAUACACAUAUACAUACACAGAAACAAAUGAACAUGUACUGUGUAUAUAUAUGUGGCAAAAGGGUUAUAUGGGGGCCAACCAGCUGCAUUAUGUGCUACACACAACAGGCAUAGCAAGAGGUCUGGUAAAGCCUGACAGGAAUUGGAUGGUUCACAAGCCUGACCAAAGCAUAGUCAGGCCUGCAGUUCAUUACUCAGCUUAGUACACUAGAAAGCGGAUCACAUCUAGGGAUGAGAUUUUGGCCUUGGUUUGUGGCACAUUUGCCAAAAGGUUACUCACCCCUGAUUAUCUACAGUAGUACACAUAUCUUACCCAUUCAUUUUAGAUCCUUGAUGUAGUAUUGUUCAUAUUGGCAUUUGCUCUUAUUGUCUGACAUUAAAGAAUUCUGUUCCAAGUGGAAAUUAGCUGCUCCAUUGCCAAACCAUCAGUAACAUCUGCGUUUGUAAUGCAAAAUUAUCAUUUCAAGACAAAGAAGUUAUCAAAAUUACACUCAAAGCUGCUACAACACCAAGGAAGGCAUGGCUCAGUCGCCUCUAUAUUACCAACUGCUACAGCUAGGGAUGAGAUAAUUCUGAUAAAGGGUGUUACAAUACUAAUUUUAUCUUAUUUAUGAACUUAACUGGAUGGAUAAGCAAAAUUCUAUUCUAAAGAUAAAUGAACACUAUAUUUUCACUAUAUGUACUUAUGCAGCACACCUUCAACAAUCCCUUGAAAGUAAAUACGAUAUAUCCUGUACCAAGAAAUCAUCUGUAACUAUUGUUUUUCAGUGUUGUGUCAUUGCAAAUAAAUCUUUGAUCGGCUCCAGAAA